AUGCAGUCGUCGCUGUUUAAGUUUCUCGGAAUUGGGCAUACAGAGGCUUCAGAAAAUUCAGGUAGUUUUGUUGUUACAGCAGCAAGUCAUAAAUCCGGAUAUUGUAGGGCAGGUACCCUGUGUAGGGGCGUUUUCAGUAGAUUGCCCUUCGCUGCACUUCAAUGCAAAGGUCUGCACAAGAACAAGGAAAAAGCACCUUAGGAAAAAGAAGCUUUUAUCAAUCUUUCAUACUUACAUUUGAGGCUCAUUUAAUGCCCCCUAAUUUCUGAAUCCUUAAAUUGUUAAAGUAAGACUCUUCGUUGAUUCAGGCAUUUAAAAUCUUAACUUUGAAGUUUGACAACACUCUUCAUUCCCAGCGACCGCGGAAAACGAGAAAAAGUCACCGUGGAGCAAGUUUGAUGAUUUACCCCUGGAAGAGAAGCGUCAGUUGUACCGAUGUGGGACAAAUUUCGUGACUUUGAAGGACAUUCCAAGCUGGACAGAAUACCGAAAGGAUAAUUUAUAUGCUAUUUAUCGAAGGAAAGGUAGAUACUGAAAGUUAUAUAUAUAUCCAUUGUUUGGCUUCAAUUCAGUCGUUGAAAAAUAUGGAAGAUUCAUAAUAAGCGUUGAGUGGGCUAACGGCUUUACUACGUUAUUAAUGGUAUAAAGUAGCUCAAAGCUCAUGCUUAUUAAAGGUGGAUUAUGGAACAAUUAAGGACUGCAACCUCAGGAGAUCUGAAAUCUGAGUUCUCUCUUACAUUAGCCAACAAAUGUAUCUCCCAUCAUUAUCAACCCCCUGACACACAAAAUUCAGUGGCGGGCCCAGGGGAGGAGCCUGGGUCUCCCCCUUAUUUUUAGACCAAACUGAGGCUGGAAGGGCCGAGAAACAAUUUUUUUGGAGGCUGCCUCCCCCCCCCCCCUUGAUCCGGCACUGAAAUUGACCCACUUCCUGACUGUAAUGAUGAAAAACUCUGAAAAUGAGGUAAGUUCCAUCAAAAUGCUGCCAGAACCCAUGAGAUGAAUAUCAAAAGCUGUAACUUCCUUUGUGAUAUUUCUUGGUCGUAAACAUUGUUUUUGUUAUGCAAAUGUGCCAACCAGAGGAACAAAAGACCCCAUAUUCUAAAAGCUAACAAGCCGCUGGUUGGCACGAUUUUUAAAAUACCAAUACAAAGUAGCUGACAUAAUGUGAAAUAUCGCUAUACAAGCAAAAUGGUGACAAAAAUUUCUCCCUUCAUUUUAUCUCAAUUUAGGGAAAAAACCAGAGAAACCAUCUUUUGCAGUCAAUGCACUGCUCAAUGAAAAAGUUUCAUUAUGGCAAGGAGAUAUAACCAGCCUUGAAGUUGAUGCUAUAGUGAAUGCAGGUAAGGUGUGUCGGUAUGUUCAACGACGAUUUUGUCAGAACCAAAAUUUCUUGGAUGCAUCGAUAACCAAAUUUUCUUACUCACGGUGCUCCGCUGCACGCGCAAUCUUUGUGCCCACGAGAGCUCCGCCAUUAAUUUGUAUGCACAGAAGACAUUUUUCGCAAAGUAUAUGAUAAAUCACAUAAUGACUAGUCCCACAGGAAAUGAGUUAACUUUGUUUGAAUCUCAAAGUUGAAAAUCUUAGUAAUUAAGUCUUUUAGUGAUUUAAAUACUUCAUUUUUUAUUUUCUUUUUAAUGUCUCAGCAAACAACUCUCUACUGGGAGGAGGCGGAGGUAGGAGAUUUUUUUUAUAGUUUUUACUUAUCUUUUAUAUUGUAAAUUACCAUAAUUUUCUGAAAAUAAGCCCCUCCUUGUAUAAGCCCCUCCAAAUAGAAGCCCCCCAAAAUCGUAACGCAAAAAACCCUUCAUUAAAUCGCCCCUCCAAAUAUAAGCCCCCCGGGGGGCUUGUACUUGGAAUUUGCCCUCGCAUACAAAGUAAAACAAAGCAAAAAUGGUAAAUAUCCUUCCCAGUACAAGCUAGCCCAAUCGAUUUUGAAACGCAAAUUUCCCUCCGUACAUAAGCCACUCCAAAAAUAAGCCCCUCGAAAAGGGCCUUUGAAAAAUAUAAGCCCCGGGGGUUAUUUUCGGAAUUUUACGGUAACUUACAAGAAGUCAACUAAUAAAUAUUUUUUAAUUGUAAGGGGUUUCUUCUCUACAAAAUCAAGUCUGUAUUAGUAGGCUCAUGGUUGAAAGCUCAUGAACACAUACAUGAAACAAAGCUCAAAUAGUGAGAGCAGUUAAUUUGAAUGAGUGUUUUUUCUGAAGAUUGAUAAUUACAUAGCGGUAGAAAUACCAGUAAUUACCAUGUCAGGAAAAAAAGAUUUUACAUUAUUUUGGUAUCAAAAGGUUUCCAUGGGCAACAAGAAGAGCCCUGGGCUCGAGCAAACAUAAUAAUUAUUAUGGUGUCUUUUUUUGUUUUAUAAUAGUUGAUGGCUGUAUCCAUCGUGCAGCUGGACCAACACUACGCAAGGAGUGUGCAGCCCUUAAUGGCUGCUCUACAGGAGAUGCAAAGAUCACAUCAGGUUGUGUAUUUAAUCUGAGGGAGAUAAAAAUACAAACAAAGUUAGGCUGUUGAGCAUAUCAUAACCACAUGUACAGGCCACUGUGGAAAUAUCCAAAGUACAUGUAAUUGUUUAUAUGAAGGAUCGGGCAUAGUGGAGCUUGUCUCCUUCACAUCUGCUCGGGCUGAAGUCGCCGCAAUGCAUCGUGGUGACUCAAUGGGACAGCUGCGAAGAAGACGGCAGGGCAUAACAAUAUUCCGGUCAUCUUUGUUGCGAUAACACAGUGGAAUUUAGAGUACGUGUACAUGUAGGCUCCUUGUAAUAAAAAACGUAGCUUUAUAUGUGGUCCCAAAUAAAAUUACUGGUAAUAGAAAGUAAGCUUCACAGCCCAGUGAAAACACAAAUGAAAAAAACAGCCCCUUUAAAUGUUUGUGAUAGCUGCAGCUAAUAAUUAUUGUUCUGUCAAUUCUUGCAGGGCAUAAGUUACCAGCCAAGUGUAAGUCACUUUUUUAUGGUUCUUUUAAUAUUGUGAAUCCGCCUUUAUCAUUGUGAAUUUACUGUUAUUAUUCCAAAAACUGUAAUUUUCACCUAUUUCAGAUGUCAUUCAUACUGUUGGCCCAUUUGGAAAACAGGAAAAACCACUGAGAAGCUGUUACAAGAGAUGUUUGGGGUUGGUGAAAAAAUAUGGCCUUCGAACUGUGGUAAGAGAUUACUUGUAGUGAAAGAAGUUGGAGAUUUUCUUAUGUGGCUAAAUGUAAUUUAGGCAAAGUUAACCUUGAAGCAAUGCUGGUCAGCAGUUUUCCCAGCUAUGCUGGGGGUGGCCCAAUGCCUCUAGCAGGGGCCCCUUGUGACUUGUAUACGCAGUUGCUUGCUUGCAGCUCUUCGCAAAGUGUUGUAGCAAUAGCUUGUUGCUUGCUUGCCAUUUUGUGCUGUGUUUUUUUCCCAUUCCUCUGUCCCUCUUUAGGUUAGGGCCAGUUAAGUGUUGGUUGGUAAGUAUUCCACUGAGUUGUUCAUUGUGACGAUUCCUGGUGGUGCCGCUCGCAGGGUUGCCAUGGAUACCUCCUCCUCAUGCUAGAGCAUUGCCCAGCUCCACCAACUUUGUAGGGUUUAAUUAAUAUUAAAAGUUUAAAAUUUUAUGCUCACAAUGAAACUUUGUUUACACAUAGGCAUUCUGCUGCGUUUCAACCGGAAUUUACGGUAAGGAAUUUGAAAAGCCGGGUGAAAAUGACCCCCAAACUUUUGAAAACUACAUGACAACAUGACACAAGUUAUUGUUCCUCACAGGUUACCCAAUCUAUGAUGCGUCCUGUGUCGCUUUGAACACUGUCCGCAAGUGGUUGGAGGAUGGCGAAAAAGAUGGAAAGAAAAAUGCAGAACUUGUAAGGUUGUCUCUGUGUUUGGGUGUUUUCUUUUCCUGAAUCUUGACGUUUUAAUCAAUGUUUUAAUAAUCGUGCUCAGCUAAGUGAAUACGUUAAAGUUAUAUGCUAUCCCGCGUUAACGAUUCGUACCCAAUGCAGGUGGCAGAGUUAAAAACCCACUAGCUUUAAGACUGGUCCGUUGAAAAUCAAGGUUGGACGCUUUAAGAAUCUUUUGAGUUCGUCUUAUUUUCUACCUGUCCAUUGUAGGUGGAUCGCAUAAUCUUCUGCGUUUUUCUUGGAGGAGAUCUUGAAGUCUAUCAGCGCCUUUUACCGAGAUUUUUCCCUUCAGAGGAUAAAUAUGACCAAGAAAGCGAACAGGAACAAGAGAAAGACAUCGACGAGACAGAAACUGACUCGAAAGAAGAUGAAAGAGCUGAGAACAAACCAAGAGAAGACAGACAGGACAAACCUAGCUCCAAAGGAAAUGGAAAAGACGAUGUAAAAAAAGGAGAACAAGGAAAAGGGAAGGAAGUUGGAGUUGAAACAAGAUUCCAAGAUAGCUCCGAGAACGAUAGAAAGAAUAAACAAAGCUUAUCAGGAAAUAAAAAAGAGGGAUUUAAAAAAGGAGAAGAGGCAAAAGAGAAGGAAGGUGGAGGUGAACCAAGAGCUGAAGAGAGCUCCGAGAACGUUAAAACGGAUAAACACAGCUUAUCAGAAAAAAAAAAGAAAAAAGGAGAAGAGAAAACAGAAGGUGUGUUCUUGUGCUCUUUUUUUUUACUUGUUUCAUGUAGCGGAAGCCUAUUUAAAUGCAAUUCAAACUUCGUAGUUCAAAGCUAAGGUUGCCACUUUUUUAAAGGUUUAUCCUUCACCGUUAUGUUGUAAAUUUAGUAUAAGUAGCCGGUCUUUUUGGAAGAAAGCAUAUUUUCAUUAGGUAACAUUUUUUCUACAUCCUUUCCUGUUUGGCCUUUUCCCCUUUUAUUUAACGGUAAAUGAAAUCCCACUUAUCGACCGUUGUGGAACGGAAGGUACCCCAAAUUGUUUCAUCCGAAAAAAGAUUCGGUAUUCUGUAGGUUACAUUUAGGUACUUUCCACAGUCAGUAACUGUCGCAAAUGUGUUGCAUUCUUUCUUUAAGAUGUCGAGAUGCGUGAGGAAUCUAUCAAGGAAAGAGUUCCCGACCAACCCAAACUUGAAGAGUUCCGAGAUUCCCAAGAGGACAUCACAGAGGUCGAACCUGAGAAGGUUGUGAAUCAAAACGCCCCCUCUGAAGGGCAGGACACAACCAAGGAGAAAAAACUUUGUGAUAAACAGAGUUUAUCAGGAAAUGAAAAAGAGGAAGUUAAAAAAAGAGAAGAGGCCAAAGUGAAGGAAGUUGAAGGUGAACCAAGAGCGGAAGAGAGCUCCGAGAACGUUAGAAAGGAUAAACACAGCUUAUCAGAAAAGGAAAAAGAGGAAGUCAAAAAAGGAGAAGAGGCAAAAGAGGAAAUAGGAGGUGUGUCCUUGUGCUCUCUUUUUUUACUUGUUUCAUGUAGCGGAAGCCUAUUUAAAUGCAAUGCAAACUUACUAGUUCAAAGCUAAUGUUGCCACUUGUUUAAAGGUUUAUACUUUACCAUUGUGUUGUAAAUUUAGUAAGUAGUCUUUUUGGAGAGAACGGCAUAUUUUCGUAAUGCAACGUUUUUUCUAGAUCCUUCCCUUUUUGGCCUUUUCCCCUUUGAACGGUAAAUGAAAUCCCACUGUAAAACAGAAGGUAUCCGAAAUGAUUUCUCGUGAAAAACGAUUCGUGGAGUACAACACCAGUAUUCUGUAGUUUACAUGUAGGUAUUUUCCACAGUCAUUAACUGUCGCAAAUGUGUUGCAUUCUUUCUUAAAGAUAUCGAGAUGGCGGAUGUGGAAGGAGUUCCCUACCCACCCAAACUUGAAGAGUUACAGGAUUCCCGGCCAGAGGACAUUACAGACGAGAAGGUUGUAAGUAAAAGCGUCCCCUCUGAAGGGCAGGACACAACCAAGGAGGAAAAUCUUGGUGAUACCAGUCGGGAAUAAGAGACCUGGCCGUAUAAACUGCAAAAAUCAGUGAAGUUUUCAAAAAUUAUUGGUGUCUAAGCGCGCGCGUUCUGACUGCUUUUAAUAUGAAAGCCUCUAUCCGUAAAACUACUUUGGUCGCCUGCAUGCGUAGCUGGCGGUUUUCUAGUGGGUUUCUUCUUUUGUGGUUCGUAAGGUAAGAGAUUUAGCUGUCCGUAAUUUACCAUAGAGCACAGACUUGUGUAAAUGGCCGUUUCGAGCCCAAAUUUCCCUGGGUGCCAGAGACUUUUCUAGCGCGGUUUCCGCUCGUGGCUUCGGCCUACGGCCGAAGAUGUGUCGGCCUUCGGCCAACACCGAAAAUUUCCGCCGCACGCGAGAAAAACCUCUGGUACCCAGGGUAAGCUCAAACAGCCCUUUGCGAAAAUUCCUGGUUUACGUUUGCAUACACAAGAUCGUAAGUUGAGAAUUGCAUGCCCAUUUCGUUAUGUAAUAUCACGCGAUCUUUUACUCAAGCCAAUCCUCCUGAGGGGAGAAGCGCGACAUUUUUCUUAAAGAGAGACAAGUUUUGCCCUCACUUCGUCUUUAGCACCUACAAAACCAACCUCCAGAGAGAAAAGGAACUUUUUUUCUUGAAAUCGCGCCGUCCAUUUUGCGUGGGAGAGCGUUUAACCUGAAGAAACACAACCCACAGGUCUUUUGACGGAACGUUUUUUUUUCCCAAGUAUCAAUUUUCAGUUAGUGUGUUCGAAGGAAAGUUAAUCUAAUCACCCGAAUGAAAACAUUUGUUAGAGAGAGGUAUAAUUGACCAGAUCGUCAAGAUGAUAGAUGAAUCCGCCAAAGUAUAUUUCUUUUAUUUAUUUCAGUUGAAGAAUGGACGAAUGUAGUUAUCUUGAAUUAUCUAUCAAUAUUAGUAACAGUACAAAAUGUGUUGAGUUUUUGAGCGUUUUAUAAGAGAAAGG